ACCCUGGGGCGGCCCCGCGCAGCCGGCGAGCGGAGCGCGAUGUCGGCGCCGCGAGCGACCCACGAGCGACCCCCGGGCGCGGGCGGCGUCAAGCGAGGGCGCUCGCAGCAGGAGGCGGCGGCGCCUGGCACACGCGUGACCGUGGUGCUGGGCGCGCAGUGGGGAGACGAGGGCAAAGGCAAGGUGGUGGACCUGCUGGCCACGGACGCCGACAUCGUCAGCCGCUGCCAGGGUGGCAACAACGCUGGCCACACCGUGGUGGUGGACGGCAAGGAGUACGACUUCCACCUGCUGCCCAGUGGCAUCAUCAACCCCAAGGCUGUGUCCUUCAUCGGCAACGGGGUGGUGGUGCACUUACCAGACCUGUUUGAGGAGGCAGAGAAGAACGAGAAGAAAGGCCUGAAGGACUGGGAGAGGAGGCUGAUCAUCUCUGACCGGGCGCACCUCGUGUUCGACUUCCACCAGGCGGUCGACGGGCUCCAGGAAGUGCAGCGCCAGGCGCAGGAGGGCAAGAACAUCGGCACCACCAAGAAGGGAAUCGGACCCACCUACUCUUCCAAGGCCGCCCGCACCGGCCUCCGCGUCUGCGACCUUCUGUCUGACUUUGACGAGUUUUCCGCCAGAUUUAAGAACCUGGCCCAGCAGCACCAGUCCAUGUUCCCCGCUCUGGAGAUAGACGUCGACGGUCAGCUCAGGCGGCUCAAGGGCUUGGCCGAGCGCGUCCGACCCAUGGUCCGGGACGGGGUCUACUUCAUGUACGAGGCUCUCCACGGCCCUCCCAAGAAGAUCCUGGUGGAAGGGGCCAACGCCGCCCUGCUGGACAUCGACUUCGGGACCUACCCCUUCGUGACCUCCUCCAACUGCACCGUGGGUGGCGUGUGCACCGGCCUGGGCAUCCCUCCCCAGAACAUCGGCGACGUGUACGGCGUGGUGAAGGCGUACACCACCCGCGUGGGCAUCGGGGCCUUCCCCACCGAGCAGAUCAACGAAACCGGAGACCUGCUGCAGACCCGCGGCCGCGAGUGGGGAGUGACCACGGGCAGGAAGAGGCGCUGCGGCUGGCUGGACCUCAUGAUCCUGAGAUACGCCCACAUGGUGAACGGCUUCACCGCGCUGGCCCUCACCAAGCUGGACAUCCUGGACGUCUUGGGGGAGAUCAAAGUGGGCGUGGCCUACAAGCUCAACGGGAAGAGGAUCCCCUACUUCCCAGCCAACCAGGAGAUCCUGCAGAAAGUGGAGGUCGAGUACGAAACGCUGCCCGGCUGGAAGGCGGACACCACGGGCGCCAGGAAGUGGGAGGACCUGCCCCCGCAGGCCCAGAGCUACGUGCGGUUCGUGGAGAACCACGUGGGAGUGGCCGUCAAGUGGGUCGGUGUCGGCAAAUCCCGGGAGUCCAUGAUCCAGCUGUUCUAGGCCCGCCUGCAGACGGCGCCGUGGCCACGUUCCAGAGUCGCCGCGACACCGGGGGAGCUGUGUCCUACCUAAUAAAGGGCUCGGGGCCGCCAAGCGGGGUGGCGCUCCUG